AUGAGACGUAACCAAACCAACUCAAGAUAUCUGUGUUUACUGGUAUGGAUCCUAUUUACGAUACAGAGGUUGUUUUCACCGAGUUUUGCGCCAAAACCAGUGCGGACAUUCGUAGUGAAUACUAAUGCCGCUUUGCAUUCCAUCAAUGCAAAUGUUGAGCCAUCUUCAGGCGUUUGCACGUUUCCCGCGAACAGUCAGUUCCCUGAUCGUUUUAUUCUUUGGGCAAUCGAAAAUGGUCACGAUGUCAAUCAGCGCGAUCUCGAAAAGCGGACCCCGCUGUUCAUCGCUGUCGGCAUGAAAAGGCUAGACAUCUGCCGAGCACUGGUCGAGCGUGGAGAAGCAAUCAUCAACGCUAACUGCGGCUCCGAAUGCAACACUGCUCUACAUAUCGCUGUCUCUCAAGAAAGCGAGGAGAUUGUGAAGUAUCUGCUGUCCAAGGGGGCAAGCAAAACGAUCCGAAACAUUAGACAGCAGACCCCAUCGCAGCUGGCGCAAUCUCGCUCGCCAUUGAGAUCGCUCGUGGAAAAGUACCGAAGUUAUCCGAGACAGCUUGUGGUUCCACGUCUUCCUGACGUUCACAUUGUGUGCUUCCCGAAAAAGGUGAAAGCAAGUCUCACCUUUGCUGAGCAAGCAGCAUUAGAGAGGAUUAUGACGGUAGUGCCAAUAUGUGAUGAGGAAACGACGCACUAUGUCGUUGCACUUGACACUGAAGGAGUCUUUUUGCAACUAGGAAAUUAGCUUUUCUUUGAAUAUUCUUAUCUCUAACUCCUAGUAUGGUUUUUGUAAUAUGAAUUAAAUGUUGUACGUAUGCUGGAGAUAGAUAGAUAGAUUUUUCGAAAGUUUGAAAAAUUUGAAAUAAAUGUCUUAUCUC